AUGGAUCCAGGCCGAGAUCACGAUCCUCAGCGGUCGCACGCGCAGUCGCAUAAUGGCGGCAACCGGCGGCAACAACACCUCCUCAGCCCGCCCGCGUCCCGCGCAACCUCGGUCGCCGGCCCUUCGACGCCAGGACCCUCGACGCCCCUGGCGGAGGGCUCGGCCGACGAUUAUUUCGACCGCCUGAGCCAGGCGCCCUCGCACCUCUCGCGACAGUCGGUGCAGUCGCUCAGUCGCUUCCCGAGCCUCACCAGCGCCACGAGCCGCCCGCGCCUCGAGUCCACCACCAGCCGCCCGAGCAUUCGGAUUCGCCGGCGCAGCUCCGUCGCGUCCAACAUCAGCAGCAAUGUCCCGCCCGAAGCGCCGGUUGCUGCGCCCGCGCCGACGAGUUCCGAGGGUGGUUACCACGGCGGCCGGCCGCGAAGUAUAUCGCAGCCCACUUCGGGUGCGCGGGCCGUCGACGCGCCGCCCGCCGCCCGCAUUCGACGCAUGCCGGCCCAGGCCGCGCUGCCGCGCCUGACGGAGGAGGGAUCGCGCCCGACAAUGGCCGAGCUUGGAAUUCCUGCCUCGCCGUCGCCGUUGUCGCCGUUGUCGCCGACGGCUUCCAUGCCCGAGCGCGCACAUAGCCUGGAAGAAGCGCCCGAGCCCGCUGCGGUGAGAGGAAACCGCCUGCGAAGGGUCAGCCGGCUCCUCAUGCCAGGAUUCUCCAGGAGAGAGUCGCAGGCCGGAGAGGUACCCGCUAUGACUCAAGCCGAGGACGAGUAUCACGAUCAACUGGUCGAUUAUCUCGACACGAUCGAUCCGGAAGUCCAGAUGCUCUCGACACUUACAAAUGUCCAAAAUUCUCUUUUUGUCCCCGAUCUCGGCAGUUGGGUCAAUCGCAGACCAACUUAUACGCUCUCGCCGCGGGACCUGCAACAUAUCCGGCCCGCAUCUGCCGAAGUCCCGCCACCACCACCACCACCACCACACGAGGAGCCGCAAAUACCGGAAGAAGUCCCCGAGGAGCCAAUUGAGGAACCCCCGUCUAUUCAGCGUUCAGAUACCAUUACCUCGCGACUGACCGAUUCUCACUUUGCCGCGCUGCCACACGGAAGAACCCUGGAGGGUUGGACCGCCGACGAAAAGUGGGAGCUCGACGACCACGUCCGCCAUAUGUUGCACUCCAGGCGUUCCAGGUGGAAGCGAAGGAUGAAGGGCUUCGGUCAGUACGUCCGACGUCCCCUCGGUUUCUUCGUCACCCUCUACGCCACCCUCAUCACCCUCUUCGGCCUGGCUUGGGUUCUCUUCCUCAUCGGCUGGAUCUACGUUGGAGACAACCAAAUUUACGUUAUCCAUGUUGUCGAUUCAGUGCUGGUAGCGCUGUUCGGCGUAGUUGGCUAUGGAAUGGCUCCCUUUCGAGCUGUAGAUAGCUACAGGCUCUUCUUUAUUGUCCGGUACAGUCGAAUGAUCGAAAACGCCGACAAGAGAUCGCGAUCCAAGCCCUCGAUAUCGACGGGAGCCAGCGGCGAUAGGAAAGUGGGUCCCCCGCCUGCUGUGGCCAAUGACGAUGGGUCUGUGCUCCGGCACGACUACGCCAACGACGCCACACGUCCUGCAGUUGGUUCGGGGCAAGGGGAUCUUGACGACGUCGAGGAUAUUCCCGACACCGCUUCUGAUACUUCCCAGAUGAGCGGCUACUAUGUGUUAACAGCCAAGCAGCGCAAGAGGCUUUCACACCAUCAGAAGAAGCUUGCUAGGUCACACAGCUUUUACAAACCCGAGGAAACCUUUACCCAUUACUCAUUCCCCCUCGGCUAUCUCAUGGCCGUCGUCAUCCUCCUCGACUUUCACUCCAUCCUGCAGAUUUGCCUUGGAUCAACAACGUGGUCGAUUAAUUACCGUCUAAAGGUUCACGACAUCGUAACCAGCUGCAUUCUUUCAGUCUCAAUAUGCUGCAAUCUGGUGGCUGGGCUGGUGAUCACGAUUGGUGGUCGCAAGACGCGGAAGAAGGACAUCCACGACUUGAUGAGUCGGCAGGAGCUAACGGGAGAUGCCAUCAAACACCUCGAACACAAGCGGAAGAAGCAGCAGAAAAAGGAGGAGAAGAUGAACCGUUCAGGGAGUAAUUCGGACCAGGAAGGGCUCAACGGGGCGAGCGGCGAGGCGAGCGGUUCAGACAAGGGCAUUCCUGGCCAUGAGAAGGAAAUGAUGGACUACAAAGCAUUGGCUGAGCAAAAGUAA